ACCUGGGUUCAUCCAGCAGGGGGAGCCAGGCUCCCACUGACUUGCUGCACCCCUGGAAUGUGGUGAACAAUGAACGUCAAAGAGUGUGUGGAUGUGGAGUGAAAACCGCGAGGUGGGAAAGAAACGAGAAAUAAACCAGCAGGGAAAGAUGAGGCGAGUGUCCUUUCGGCUGGGAUCCCUGCCUCAUCUGCAAGCCAUAACAGCCAGCCUGUGGGAUAAAUGACUUCUCCCCUAUGUUGGAAGGAGACCCAAGUAAAACAGACACUUCCUGGAGAGGCAAUGUUGCCACCCGAUACCCCAGGCAGAAGGAAGUCUUUGCUAUCAGGGUCCCCCACUCAGCAAGACGGAGGGAAAGUCCCUGGGACUGGAGAUGUAAAUCCCAGGGCAGGGUGCAGGAGAUCCUGAAGAGCCUGCUGCACCUGGGCUUUGUGUAAAGGGAAAGGCAUGUUGCUGUUGGACCUGAUCCCUGGAAUGCAACUGUGAGGAGCAGCAGUUGGAAAGAGGAUUAUUCCUUGAUGAUUAUGAAGAACUAGCUUGUCAGCAAAGUGUCAGAGUAAACUCUUUCCCACAGGAAUAGUAACACACUCCCACAACGUAUGGUAGCCACCGGCCUGAAAGCUACAUCAGUGGCUGAAGGGAGCUCCGCUCAGGUCUUUCCCAUUUCUUCCUCCUCUUCCCCUUAUUUCUUCUUCCAGCGAAGACUGAAAGACAGAAACAUCACUCAGAUCUUGCUAGAGUGUUGGAAAUACCGUGCCUUUGUUUGGGAUGAUUUGUACUGAUGUGCCACUUCAAUGGGAUGUACAAAGUGUGACUUGGGUGAUGACCGUUUAGCCAGGACUGAGCUGGUUAACAAAGUUUGGAGGCUGAGCACAAAGACUGGGUGGAAUGGAAGCAGCCUGUCAUGCACUUAUAGGACUCUAGUUUUAAACAAGAGAUCUUUAUGAAGGAGCUUGAAAACCAGACCUAUUGUUUAUCUGAAAAUUAAUUCCUGCCGAUUAAACCAUUGGCUUUUAUUUUUUCCCCACCUGAUGCAAUGCAGUGCCUCUCUGUUGGUUUUGUAUAUGUGAUUUGCUAUGCAAUUCAAAUACUAAAUAAGAAGGAGAGACAAACUUUCAUCCCAGGACAAACAGAAAAUCAAAGGUGAAAGGACUGUGAGACCUAAACAAUGUGGAACAAAAUGAGGAGUUGCUCCCUGAAGCUUCCCAUAAACAGAGAAUCAAUGUAUUUUGUAGCUGGAAUGCACUGAGGGUGAAAAGGGGAGAAAAAAAAACGUCUCAUCAGUUAGAGCUACUUCCCACACUGCUUUUGAUGCCUCUUGAUGUGAUUCCUAAGGAGUAUGCGGUCCACGCAAGGGUGAAGAGACUAUAACACAAACCUUCGGUCUGCCUGGCAAUGAGUAAUUAAUGGACGCCUGAUGUAUCUGUAGUCUCUGCAAGCAAAGGAGUUGAUGUCAUCAUGAUUUUCAUGAUAUGAUUUUCCCUCAGAAAAAGCUAUGACUUGGAACGACACCACAAUGGACGGGGAAGGGUUGCUCGUUGAAAGGGACUCUUCCUUUCGGAUCCUUACAGGUUGCUUCCUUUCUUUGCUGAUACUUUCCACGCUUCUGGGGAACACAUUGGUGUGUGCAGCUGUCAUUAGAUUUCGCCAUCUGAGGUCCAAGGUGACCAACUUCUUUGUAAUCUCCUUGGCAGUGUCAGAUCUUUUAGUGGCAGUCUUGGUCAUGCCUUGGAAAGCUGUUGCUGAGAUAGCUGGUUUCUGGCCUUUUGGUUCAUUCUGUAACAUCUGGGUGGCAUUUGAUAUUAUGUGCUCCACGGCCUCAAUCUUAAACCUUUGUGUCAUUAGUGUAGACAGAUACUGGGCCAUCUCUAGUCCAUUCAGGUACGAGAGGAAAAUGACCCCCAAGGCAGCUUUCAUCAUGAUCAGCGUGGCAUGGACCUUGUCUGUAUUGAUUUCCUUCAUUCCUGUGCAGCUGAACUGGCACAAGGCUGCAACCACAAGCUCUUUAGAGCUAAAUGCCAGUUUCCAAGGCAUAACUAUGGACAACUGUGAUUCCAGUCUAAACAGGAUGUAUGCCAUCUCCUCUUCUCUAAUUAGCUUUUACAUCCCAGUGGCCAUCAUGAUUGUCACCUAUACAAGGAUAUACAGGAUUGCUCAAAAACAGAUAAGACGCAUCUCAGCUUUGGAAAGAGCAGCAGUGCAUGCUAAGAACUGCCAAAACACCACAGGGAAUGGAAACAGCAUGGAUUGCCAACAACCAGAAAGCUCCUUCAAAAUGUCCUUCAAGAGAGAAACAAAAGUCUUAAAGACUUUGUCAGUGAUCAUGGGGGUGUUUGUAUGCUGCUGGUUACCCUUUUUCAUAUUGAACUGCAUGGUGCCCUUUUGUGAGCCCAGCCCACCAUCCAAGGGAGCAGAACCCUUUUGCAUUAGUUCCACCACCUUUGAUGUUUUUGUUUGGUUUGGAUGGGCUAAUUCCUCACUGAACCCCAUCAUUUAUGCCUUCAAUGCUGAUUUCCGCAAGGCAUUUUCAACUCUGCUAGGAUGCUACAGACUCUGCCCUACUUCCAACAAUGCUAUAGAGACUGUUAGUAUCAACAACAAUGGGGCAGUUGUUUUUUCAAGCCAUCAUGAGCCCAGAGGGUCUAGCCCAAAAGAGUGUAACCUGGUGUAUCUGAUCCCACAUGCUAUUAUCUGCCCAGAAGAAGAACUUCUGAAAAAGGAAGAAGAGGGUGAACUAUCUAAGACCUUGGAGAAAAUGUCUCCAGCACUGUCCGGUAUCUUGGAUUUUGAAGCUGAUGUGUCUUUGGAAAAGAUCAACCCCAUCACUCAGAAUGGGCAACAUAAAACAUGAACACUGAAGUUAGCCCAGCAAAAUCUAACAGUCAAAAAAGAUAUACAAGAUUUUUUGGUAAGAAACCAAGCUCUAGUGAGAAUUAUACUGUCAUGCAAAGUUCAGAUUUGAUUACUGGGUGUUCAAAUCAAACAUAAAAUUUUAAACAAAAAAGAUAUUGAAAACCUAACGGUAUUUCUGUGUUGUUCAUACUGAAUAAAACAGAGACACAAAUUUAGGUACAAUGCAGUGUCAAAGAAAAUAUUUCCUCUGCUCUAUAAGUAUUUAUAGAAACUGGUUUCUAUCUUAAAUUGGGCCAAGAAAAAACCCAUUAACAACUUAACAAUUAACCUUUGAAGAAAAUGAGAGGAUUUAAUUUGCCAUGUCUAGUACUACUGGGUGCUACCAGGUUCUAAGUAAAGUUUGAGGGAUUAAAAAGGUAGGUAGAUGCCUUCUUAAAUUAUUUCUGAAAAACAGCUGAGCCUUACAAAUGAGAAUGGGUAUUUUUAAAGAUUUGGGAGAUAAUAUGUUGAUACUGGUUUUAUUUAUUUAUUGUUUUAAAUGGAUAUUUUUCAUAUGUUAUAACAGAUCUAGCUUUAUUUAACUUAUUUAAAAUGUCUAAAUAAUGGGAUAUUUCAAGGGUCUCACAACUGAAUUUUGACCAGUCAACAAGUCAGCACUUUAAUAAUGACCAUUAAACACAAAACAAAAAACCCACUCUGAUAGUCUGGGUAGCCAACGAAGUAAAUAAAGAAGAAGCAACCAUAAAAAGCACAGCAAAAGAUGGGGGAGUUCAUGAAGCUGAAGCUGUGUAGAAUUUAUUUAUUUUUUGUGGGAUGGCUUAAAAAAAUAGGACCAGAGUUGACUGAUUGACAAGUUGAGAAAGCUCUUCCCCUAUAGAAAUAAAAGGAAUUGCUGCUAUUUAUUUUAAAAAGUUUCAUGUUACAAAGACUUUGCUAGAAUGUCAGUUUGUGGAUCUGUAAAUACCUUAAAUAUGAAUACCACCUUAAGAAGAAUCCAAUUUGAGAAGAGAAGCUUCUUAUAUAACAAUCAUUAGUAUAUAAUGUUUUGUAUUUAUGUAAGAUAAACAGCUUUCUCAGACUUUUCUUAUUUCAAGUCUUGGAUAUCUUUUCUGAAUAAACACAAUUGAUUAUAAUAGUAGUAAAUAUGACAAAUCUCGUUACCAUCUGUAUUAUUACAGAAACACCAGUAGUCAAAAAUCAUGCUGUCUGUCUGCUAAUGCGUCACAGCCAGAAUAACUUAACAAGUGAGGUACUUUAGUGCUUUACCUUGAAAACUAGAAUGACAUUAAUUUUAGUCUUAAAUAUGUUAAUAGUACAUUGAAUAAUGAAUAGUGCCUCAUUUCCAUUUUGGAUGAAGACAUUUCUAAAUGUGUAUGGAGCUUCAAUCCCCAUUUCCCGAUGUCUUGUGAGCUCCGUAAAAUUUGCCAAUGUUUAUUUUGACAACUGCUACUUUUUCAUUGUACUUUGAAAUCAAAAUUCCUGCCGUUUUUCCUUUGGAAUGUCAAAAGUAGUCAGUAAACAUUAGCAACAGUCAUCGGCAGGCAUUACCAUACGGACACAUUCCAAGAGAGCCAUUUGUUUUUGGAAUGUUAGCAAAAUAUCCUUCAGAGAAACUCUUCACAACCUUUAUCAAAAAGUGUUAUCAGGAAAAGAAAACUGAGAGAAAAAUUAGAAGUCUAAUGAAAUAUAUACAUCCUGCAUCAGGUCUGUGUUAUUUAUGUAUUGUGAAUGUUUUCAUAAUUUUAUUGCCUGUAUGCUGCUUUCAUACAUAUAAUAAAAUUAUUUUGUGAACAGAAGGUCAAAUAAAACAAUCUACAUUGCAUUUAUUAAA